GCCUCACGCCCGCGGCGCCCGAGGGCGAGGGUCUGGGGCGCGGCCGUGCUAUGGUGCCGGGGUCGGGCGGUGGUCGCACACCUCCGUCCCUCCUCGCAGGAUCAGCCGGGCGCCGCGCGCCAUGACCCGUCCGCUCGGCGUGGGCUCGCCAUCACCGAGCCCGCCCGCUACCCGCUCCGGGCGCCAUUUUAGGCCGGCAGCGGGCAGGGGGGCGGCCCGGGACUGCAGAAACCAGUCUAUUACAGAGUUCUUCAAACCAGUUUUAAAACAAGAGCUUGGCCAUAAAGACAGAAGUGUGUUGUGCUCCUCAGACACAGGAAACGUAAAAGAUGCAGGAAUUGGACUGCCUGUUCUACGUGCUGAAUGCUUUGAGAAGCAAACGACUCCUGCAAAGAAGGUUAGAAGGAAAAAGAUGCCAGACCCGACACCAAAAACGAGUCCUAUAUUAGAUGCCUUCCAGAGAGGAAUUGAGAAAAAAGGCAAUGUAAACAUAUUAGAGGACAAUGCAGUAUGCAAGGCACCGGGUUCAGCAUGGCCAAGGGUUGUGAUUCGGAAACUCUUUGCUACCACAGCAUCUCCCAGGAAUAUCUUGGCUGAAAAAGAUAAAGGUGUCAAGCCUGAGCAGGGAAGAAGUGAGAAGUAUCUGGAUGUAACAAGAACACUGCUGUCUUGUGAAAACAGUUGGGAGCAGAAAACUGAUUGUAUGGAUGUAGAAGAGACCAGUUCAGACUCGGACAGAUGGGUUUUAGCAGAAGCUGAUUCUCAGAAAGCCUGUGCUAGAAAUAAUGGCAAUGCAAACAGCACACCUCUGUGUCAAAACUCAGGGCUUCUCUUGAAGUUGCCGUGCACUCCGCCUGACUCCAAGUUCAGGUUAGCACUGGGAACUCUGCACAGAGGAGGAAAGCAGAAGACACACAAAACGAAGCGAUCUAAGGCACAUCACUUAAAGCCAUUUUCAAGAACAAGUGUAUCACAUCAGGGAAAUGGAUAUUCAAGAAAAAUAUCACGUUCUGGUUCAAGGGACACUGACUCAGAUGACGCAUCCCAACCAAAGCAGGACUCAAAGUAUGACAUAUCAUCUCCAAAUGCAUUGAGAAUGUCCCCUGAGAAAGCUGCCAGUGUGUGGAAAAGCCAGUCUGUUCCAUUAGUUGGCUGUAGAUCUCAGAGGUCUUCUGGGAAGAGAAAACGCACUGUAGUGAGUGUGUAUGCAAACAGUCCUAAUCAGUGUGAAGAAACACCUUCCAAUGACCCUGCUUUGAGAAGGUCCUCUGCAACUGGGAAAAACAGGAGGUCUACUUUGGUUAAAAACGUUGUGCUAAAGUCUCCAUGCAUGGAUGCGCUGCAGCUCAUGGAGGCUGCUGCUCUACCCAGAUGUGAUUCUCCUCACUCAGAGGAAUACCUCAACUCAAGCCAUGAAAAUGAGAAAAAUAAUUAUUCUUCUGGGGGUUUGUCAUCAUAUUCCGCACAGCGUUUAAAUGAAAAUAGCCAGGUUUCUGUUGUAGACACCAAAGAGAAUCAAUUGCAGGUGGCCAACUCACACUUCUACUUGGACAAGUCCCUUCCUUCUCAGGAGAGAAGUGCUGUCUUGCCUUCUCCACACCAUGUAAAACAAACAACUACCAUACUUACAAAAGGUGUGAAAUCUCACCUCCAGAAUGAUGUCUUCUCUCAGGUAAUACCAAAAAGAUGUAUGCGCAAUAGAGCUGAUAGUAUUCCACCCAGCAAUACUUUUUCAAGAACAGAAGAAAAGGCUUUAGAAGAUGUUUCUGAUUCUUGUCCAGUGGAAGGUUCUAAAAAGCUUACGGUCUUGGAAGAGAGCGAUGAAAGGGUUCAGUGUUCAUUGCCUUUUAAACAAGGGUGUGAGGACAACAACUGUAUAUCUUCAGAACUCGCAGGAGAGUUAAAAGUUGGAAGGACCUGUACAGAGAUGUGCAAUAUGAAUGGCAAAUCAAAAAGCAGUUUUGAUAGUGAAGAUGAGACUUUGGAGUGCACUCUAGAUGAUGAUGAUGAUGAUGACGAUGAAACAUUCAUACCACUGCAAGAAAUCCUGUCUUCAAGUAGCAGACCUCAGACAGCAGCCCUGGAAGGAGACAGUUUUGAUGAUCUCUUCAAGGGCACCGCGGCUCUGACUGAUCAUCUUUCUAAGCCUCCUGUUGGUACCCAGGUGUCAUAUGUGAACAGCUUAGAACAUCUCUUGAAGGAGAAGGAACAAUCUAAAAGGUUGGAUGAACUAGAAAAGCGGUUACGAGAAGACAUACAAAGAAAGGAAAUUGAUUCUUCAGAUGGAGAAGAUGAAAAUGCUGUGGAGAAUGGAGACCUCUCAGAAGAACACAGGGCAUUUAUAAAGAGAUUUUCAGUAGUAGCUCAUGCUAUACCUGACUACCAUCCUGGAGAAGAUGUAUUUGAUUUAUCAAUCUCUGGGAAAAUCUUCAAUCAACAUGACCUUGACUUGAGGAAUUUCCAUUUCAUCCCUCAAAGUCCCAUAGAAAAACUUCUUGUUAGUUCUGAUGUAACACAGCAGAUUUUUUUGGCUGUUCAUGGUUUUCUGAGUACUUACAGUUGUAGUGUGUGUCCCAUUCCAAUUCUAAAGUGGCUUUUUCAGAUGAUGUCUGUUCAUCCCAGCUAUUGUGUUUCCACCCAGAUUUUAGACAGGUUGAUAGAAAUAACACUAAACAAUGCCUCCAUCAGUGAUGAGCAAUCUAAACCGUGGAUCCCUUCACUAGCUGAUGUGACAACUGUUCUGGUCAAUAUGGGUAUUAGGCUUAGAUCUCUCUUUCCAUUGCAACAUCUUCAGCCCAACUUUAAUGAGCGUGAUAUUUUAAGUCAGAUGCAAGGAACAGUGAGCAAAGAGCAGCUGGGAGGAUUUACCAACUCUGCCAGUCCAGCCUUCUCCAGCCUACCAGAAAGCAAUCUAAUGAAUGUGAUCAAGUUCUUAGACUUCUGCACAACAGUAGUUCAAGAUGGAUAUACAGAUGAAGAAAUAUUGCUGCUACUUCUGUUGCUUUUUAAAAUAAGCUUGGAGAAACAGCUAAAGCACGUUUCUUUAAUAGAUUUCCAGUGCCUUCUCACAAAACUUCUGAUGAGUAUUAAAGACUGGGAUACAAAGAUGCCUGAGCUCUGCCUUGGGGUGAGUGGACUCUCCAGUCAGCACCAUAAUCUGCUGUGGCUGGUUCAGCUGGUGCCCAGCUGGAUAACGCGUGGACGGGAAGUAAGACGACGACUCAGCCUUGUGAUAAUUGCAAAGCUUCUUAACAAAAAGCACACGAGAAUACCUGACGACUGUGACAAGCAGAUGUCUCUUCUGCAUCAGUAUCUGGUGUACAUGAAGCCUUCUAAUAUGCUAGAGAAGAUGAGAAAAGGAGAGCAACAGAAUGUCAGUGAAGAACACACUGAAGAACGCAUUAAUACAGAACUAGAACCAGAGGUAUACUAUCUAAUCUACAUCCUCCUCCAUCUCGUCAGUGAAGCUAGCUUCUUUGACACUGUAAACUCUGAUCAAAGGCAACACUUGCUGAAGCUUUGUGGUACCUUAGAUAAGCACAUAAAAUGUGAUAUUAGGGAAGAUGCAAGGCUGUUCUAUCGAACAAAGGUAAAAGACUUAGUUGCUAGGAUAUAUGGCAGAUGGCAAGAUCUGAUACAGAACAGUCGGCUUACUCAGGGAAAGCUGCAUGACUUCUGGGAGCCAGAUUCAUGAGGUCUUGCCUAGAUCAGGGAGAUAACAACAAAAAAUACCUGAAACCAAGGAAUGCAUAGAAGGGACGGAGCUUCACCUCGGUCAGAACGCAGGAAUUACUGGUUGCCUGAAUUGGAACCUGAGCUUGGUUCAAGCAAAUACAAAAACACAGCGAUCCAAUCUGAUUGGCAUUGCUUUUACUACGAAUGUGGUACUUCUGAAAGUGGGUGAACUGAAGCAGCAGCUGCCUUUGUAGCUCUGUCUGGAUUGAAUUUUAUGAUGUUGAAAGUUGAAGGAAGUUUUCUUAUUUCCAUUCUUAAUCGUGACGUCUUUGGAAACUGCGUGUGUUGGUUUUCUUGCUGGCUCACAACUAUAAGUAUUGCUUUGGGACAGGUGGGAAAGAACUGCUCUGUGAUAUGAAAUAUGAGUCUAGAAACAGUGUUAGACCUCCUCUGUUGGAAGGAGGUGAGAAAGUGCUUCACUACUGAUCUGAGUAACAGAGCUGCCCACACAUGCUGAGCUGCAAAGCAAGAUUCAUUGGUAUGACCGCCCAGUGUCUCUAAAUAAUAAAAUAUGGCAGUGAUGUGCACAGGUGAUGGGGUGUUUUCUUCACUUGAGGGUGGAGAUAGCUGAAGAGAGGCUGUGCCCAUACAGUGUAAGUGGAUGCUGCUUUGCUCUGUCGUUGUCUCGUAACAAAUAACAGAGCAGAACUUAUUACAAAUAACAAAACAGCAUUUGCUGUUACUGCGGUGCAUUCACUUUAACUCCCUCAUCUUCAGACAUCACUUAUGCAGUGAGUGUGACUGCACAGGAAGUGAUCCUAUAAGAUCCUAUUGUAACUGAGAUCUCAUUACACGAGAAACAAAUACCUUUAAGCACUUUCUCUGCAUGGAGAAAAUACUGUUCCUAAAAUAUCGAGUCAGUGAAGAUUAGAGGAGAGGUGGCCCGUGCAUGUGGGAGUAACUGUGAGAGCUGUAUGGGGUCUGAAUUCCUUUGUGCAAAGUCUCACUGCAUGCACAGCGUGCGCUCAAAGCUCCACGAGCUGUGUUUGCAGUAAUCAGAGAGAUGUAAUCCCUCUGUGUGCUUUCCGUGUGAAUGCCAUAACUUAAAUGGUACACUGUGUUUUGUCUGUGGUGUGUGUGAACAGAAAUUAGAGUGGUGAGUAGAAUAUCAAAUGGAAAAUCCAGAUUUUUAAUACUUCUACGUGUGCAUUUUAUAGUAUUGUUCCCUUUUAAUUUUUGUAGAUUGACCUACUUUGUCUUGUACAGUAAACUACAGCUUGACAGGAAUGUAAAAUAAGGUUGAAGUUAAAUCUGUAGUCUGCAUGUUGUGUGUAAAGGAGCUGCUCGAGGUGGGACACGGCCUCCAGGGGGGGCGUUCUGUUGGCAAAACCCCACUUGGUGUCUCUGUCCCCUUCCCAGGAUUAUUAACUUCUCUUUGUCCCAAUAAGUGUUACGUUCAUCGUUAUCUGAGGGCAGAGAGAGUCCCUUUUUAAUCCCUGUGUUCCAGCGUGUUGUUUCAGAAUUGGUUGAAUCUACCUCAAAGGGAGUCUUUGUUUGACAACAGGGCUGUCUUAGGCUGACGACAGCAAUGAAGUGGUAUACAGGUGUGCCAGUGUCAUCCUCUGCUCUGCCCGUCGUUCCCUGUGUGACCACAUUCCCUCUGGUAGCAGCUGCUUCCUAUGUUGAAUAUAUUGUAUGUGAUUUUAUUAAUGUUUCUAUCUUUUUCUCACCGACGUUGUAUACAGUUUUUAAAAGUACAGAACAGCUUACUUUAACAUGUAUAUAUUUUCUUACCAUGUAAAAUUGAAUUUGUGGCCCUGUAUAUUUUGGAGAAGGAAGGGGUGAGGUUUGGAUCAGCGUCUUCUUGUUCCUUGUAUUGCAGUUUGGAGCACCUUUUGAAAGCGCUGGGGAUUUUUUUUCUGUACAAAAUAACCACUUUGAUAUUUACUUCUAUUCACCAGGCCAAGGAGGAAAUAAAACCAGGCUUUUCUAAUCAGUGUCUCUACACAAAGUCAGCACAUCAAGCACUGCACCAAAAAAAUGGCUGCAGGUCCCGUCUGUGUCUUCCUGCAGUGCUCGGGGUUCCCAGCCGUGAGCUUACUAUAAAUGGAGAAAGUCUUGGAGUCGUUCUUAGCUCUGCCACUUCUGUGUUUCCAUGCUUGAUGCCUGUGUGUAUACAGUCUGGCAUUCUGCCUCUCUCCCCCUCCCUCCUUGUCUGGACUUCCUUCCUUCUGGCUGGAGCUGAGUACCAAUCCCCAGUUGCUCUAUGUGGACCUUGGCUGAAUUGGAGCUCAUCGCUAUCCCUGCAGAGGCGAAACCAAAGCAUUGCUGCAGCGUCUUAAAAGGGCUGCUGAGCUGAGUGCUGCUCCGGGACUGCAGGGAACGGCCCAGCAAACCUGCUGCCAUCUCCUCUCACCCACUCACUCACCGCCCCCCAGCCAGAAGUUCCAUGCAUUGAAAAAGGCUGUUUGCACACUACAUGUCUUAACUGCUUCGGUUGUCUUCAGAUAAGCGUUUUUGCACUGAGGUUUAUCUUUUGAUAUUACGUUGGUUGUAUUAAGUACCAUGUUAUCUCGUUCCAUGGGCAGUUAGGUGUACUUUAUCGCAGUAAUCACAGACAAAAACAAAAAAUUAAAAGUGGACUAUAAAAUA